GCCCUAAUUCCUAUUUUAUGGAUGUAAAAUGUCGAGGUUGCUACAAGAUCACCACGGUUUUCAGCCAUGCCCAGAUGGUGGUUCUUUGUGUAGACUGUUCAACCGUGUUGUGCCAGCCGAUGGGAGGAAAGACCAGACUCACAGAGGGCUGUUCAUUUAGAAGAAAGCAACACUAAUGAUCUGCACAACCUCUUGAAUUUGUGUUACAUCACAGAAAGCCUUAUCAGUUCAGUAAUUCCAGUUAAUCUACCAAGAUAAUGUAAUUAUGUUUAAUUUUGUAAGGUUUACAACAGUGAUCUCCUAUUUUGGUGUCAGUUUUUCAAUAAAGUUUUGAUUAUGGGCAAAAAAA